CCCUCACACCUACUGCGGCGGCGGCGGCGGCGGCGGGGCGGAGCGGGGCGGGGCGGCGGCGGCGGAGCCGGAGCCGUGGAGCCUGUAGUGACCCGCCCGCAGCGCCGCCAGUCCGCCCGCCCGCGCUCUCCCCGUGGUGCGGCGGCGGGGAGGCGAGGAAUCUGAAACUUGCCAGCCCUUCAGAAUAUUGCAUGACACUACAUCAUGAGCGACAGUAAAUGUGACAGUCAGUUUUACAGUGUGCAAGUGGCAGACUCAACUUUCACCGUCCUAAAACGUUACCAGCAGCUGAAAUCAAUUGGCUCUGGGGCCCAAGGGAUUGUUUGGCGCCAUCAUUGCAGUGCCUUGCCAUUCAUUGGCAGGAUGAGGCCAGUCAGUGUCAUUGUCACUCCAUGGAUUAACCAGGAAGGGAUGCUGUGUGAGGGGUUGGGCUGGCCGUCUCUUCCUUGGUGUCUCACUUCAACUGUGUGUCCAGCCCAGGACGUCAGAAUCAUUAGUCUGACCCUGAACCUUAGUCUCUUGCAUGGUAAGAGACGGUCAGCUGCUGCGGCGUCACGGGCCAGCUCAAGUGCUGCAUUUGAUACAGUUCUUGGGAUAAAUGUUGCAGUCAAGAAACUAAGCCGUCCUUUUCAGAAUCAAACUCAUGCAAAGAGAGCUUAUCGUGAACUUGUCCUCUUAAAAUGUGUCAAUCACAAAAAUAUAAUUAGUUUGUUAAAUGUGUUUACACCACAAAAAACUCUAGAAGAAUUUCAAGAUGUGUAUUUGGUUAUGGAAUUAAUGGAUGCUAACUUAUGUCAGGUUAUUCACAUGGAGUUGGAUCAUGAAAGAAUGUCCUAUCUUCUUUACCAGAUGCUUUGUGGUAUUAAACAUCUGCAUUCAGCUGGUAUAAUUCAUAGAGAUUUGAAGCCUAGCAACAUUGUUGUGAAAUCAGACUGCACCCUGAAGAUCCUUGACUUUGGCCUGGCACGGACAGCAUGCACUAACUUUAUGAUGACUCCUUAUGUGGUGACACGGUACUACCGGGCACCUGAAGUCAUCCUGGGUAUGGGCUACAAAGAGAAUGUUGAUAUCUGGUCAGUGGGUUGCAUCAUGGGAGAACUGGUGAAAGGUUGUGUGAUAUUCCAAGGCACUGACCAUAUCGAUCAGUGGAAUAAAGUUAUUGAGCAGCUUGGAACACCAUCAGCAGAGUUCAUGAAGAAACUUCAGCCAACUGUGAGAAAUUAUGUAGAAAACAGACCAAAGUAUCCUGGAAUCAAAUUCGAAGAACUCUUUCCAGAUUGGAUAUUCCCAUCAGAAUCCGAACGAGACAAAAUAAAAACAAGUCAAGCCAGAGAUCUGUUAUCAAAAAUGUUAGUGAUUGAUCCUGACAAGCGGAUCUCUGUAGACGAAGCCCUGCGUCACCCAUACAUCACUGUGUGGUAUGAUCCUGCUGAAGCAGAAGCACCACCACCUCAAAUUUAUGAUGCCCAGUUGGAAGAAAGAGAACAUGCAAUUGAAGAAUGGAAAGAGCUAAUUUACAAAGAAGUCAUGGAUUGGGAAGAAAGAAGCAAGAAUGGUGUUGUAAAAGAUCAGACUUCAGCACAGAUGCAGCAGUAAGUAGCAACGCCACUACUUCUCAGUCUUCAUCUAUCAAUGACAUUUCAUCCAUGUCCACUGAGCAGACACUGGCCUCAGACACAGACAGCAGUCUCGAUGCCUCGACGGGACCCCUUGAAGGUUGUCGAUGAUAAGUUAGAAAUAGUACACCUGUCAUCAUUGAAGGAACUCUCACCUCCAUGGGCCUGAAAUGCUUGGGAGUUGAUGGAACCAAAUAGAAAAACUCCAUGUUCUGCAUGUAAGAAACACAAUGUCUUGCCCUACUCAGAUCUAAUAGGAUUGCCUGCUUAGAUUAUAAAAUGAGGCAGAAUAUGUCUGAAGAAAAAAAGUGCAAGCCACAUUUCUAGAGAUUUUGUUCAAGAUCAUUUCAGGUGAGCAGUUAGAAUAGGUGAAUUUGUUUAGAGUUGUAUGGUAAUAGUAGUGACAGUUUCUCAUCAUCUGUAACUGUUGAGAUGUAUGUGCAUGUGACCACAAAUGCUUGCUUGGACUUGCCCAUCUAGCACUUUGGAAAUCAGUAUUUAAAUGCCAAAUAAUCUUCCAGGUAGUGCUGCUUCUGAAGUUAUCUCUUAAUCCUCUUAAGUAAUUUGGUAUCUGUCCAGAAAAAGUUGAUUUAUGUUUAUUAAUUGGCUGUCAUGAUGUUAUUAUCUUACUCCCUUUUAUGUUAUGAUUUAUUCUCUUUUGUAUUUCAGAAGACAUAUAAUUAAAUCUAUUUAAUAAAUAAAAUAUAUAGCUUUUCCUAUAUUUGUGAUGUUUGGGCUGAGAAUUCUCACAGCUAAAACCAAGACACUUAUGUGGAUACCUUUUCUCUAAAUUGUCUUGUCUGGGAUGGUUGUACAUUCAGCUUUACUGCAUGAUAAAAUUUUAAGUUUUGCUUAGUGCUGCUUGAAAUCCUAGCUACCUUAUCUCUUUUCUUCUUGGUCUUCUAGACUUAAUAUGAAUUUAAAAUGCUACCUAGAACUUCACCUUCUGUAUUAAGCAUGUAAUACUCCAUCUCAAUAAUAUGAUGGCAGAUAGAUUUCUGCAUCCAUGGCCUAACGUUGAAGUAGAAUUUUACAAAAUGGUCACUAGAGAUCACUGCAGUCAUAUCCUAAGUGCUUCCUUCGCCUUUACUUACCUUUCCUCAUUCAAUUUCCCUCUGCCAAUACCACGUUCUUGAUUUUCAUUCUUCAUUGAAAGACGCAGAUAAAUUCCUCUUUGGUUUGUUUUCAGAUGCCAGGCAGAUUCAGAUGCCUAUUUGCUAUAGUUGUUUUCCAUUGUUUGGGGCAUUCCUUUUCCGAAGGGAAAUCCAUGAAUGUUCUGGGAAACUCUUCAGAGGAUAUGAAGGAAAUACUGCAAAGAGUAAUGAUUAAUUAUUGAAUAUUUUGUGACUUAAAACUGCUCACCUGAAAUUGAUACUUUACGAUAUGUAAAUUACUCAAAAUUCAUUAAGAUACUGAGUAUGUAAGUGUCACUGCAGAAAUGGAGCUAUGAUGAUCACGUUUUGCCUACCUGUGCCCAUGUUUUUUUCCUCGAGCUUAUUUUGUUGCUGAUUCAUAUCUUGUGUUCAAUUAUUUUGAAAGCUUUUUGGUCAACAUUCUAUAGAAUGUGUUCUGGGAGGAACUGUGAUAAGAAAGUUUAUUAUAAAUAUUAUCUAAAAUAUAUGGUUCUCUCUGCACCAGUUAUGUCUUAUUGUUUGGUCAUAUCACUGGAAACUGGAACCCUUGAUUAGCAAAAUUAAUAUGAAAUAAGAAAUAGCUCUUUUAUAUUGUGUCAUUUAGACACUUUCAAAUACAAAUUGGUAAUAAUAA